AUGGGCAGAAUACGAGGCCUCUGCGCUGCAGUCUUCGUGUUUGUCGCCCUUCGGCAGGCGUCCGCAGUGCGGCUGGGCUUGACAAUUCCCGAGUCGAGCACGUGCAGCCACAUCAGCUCCGAGUACUCGGCCUGCAAGGUCCAGAGCAUGUGCUCGCUGUGCGUCACAACCGGGGCGUGCGAGUUCGACGUCGGGAGCUUGUCGUGCGUGGCGAAGAGCACUGAGGCGAUCGCGAAUGGUACGGCGACGACGUACUGCAGCACCAACGACACGGCCUGCGCAACGUGCGACGUCACUGCGGCCGACCCGAUCUGCACGGGCGAGGACGGAUCGUGCGUCUGCCAGUCGCUGUGCUUGGUCGUCCAGCCAAUUGAUACAAGCAACUGCUCUAGUACCGAAGAAACCGCGAUUGCGUACAUUGGGAUCGCCGUGGGCAUGGUCGGCAUCAUGUUCUUCGCCUUCUUGGGGGUCAAGUGCAGAAGACGAUAUCUCCAACUUCUGAGGCAACGAGCCUUCGAGUCGCAGCACCGCCGCGAAAGCGAGCAGCUACGCAUGCGGCAGCCUCAGCUGGCGCUCAACUUGGUCGGGUGGCGCGACACUGUCGAGAUGAACAAACCAGAGCUGCACAAGCUUGGUGCGUGCUGCUACAUUAUCAAGGGGAAGACGGGGGAUCCGACUGGUGCAGUGACCGCCAUUUCGGUCGACGAAGCGGAGCCGAGCACGUCGAUGGAGACCAGCUCCACGCUCAGUGAAUCAGCAGUGGCGCCUUCCCCCACCGCUAGCGACCACAACGGCGAAUGUGACUAUAACGCCAUGGGCGACAGCAGCGAUAACAAGUCGAGAUAG